GGUGCUAAUAUAUCCCAAUUAGAACGAGACAUUGGUUCAGAACAAUUUCCUUGCAACGAGCAUUACUUUGGCUUAGUCAAUUUUGGUAAUACCUGCUACAGCAACUCAGUGCUACAAGCUUUAUAUUUCUGCAAACCAUUCAGAGAGAGAGUCCUGGAAUACAAAGCAAAGAAUAAGAGGACCAAAGAAACCCUGCUUACAUGCCUUGCAGAUUUAUUUCACAGUAUAGCUACCCAGAAGAAAAAAGUAGGUUCUAUAGCACCAAAAAAGUUUAUAGCAAGGCUACGAAAAGAAAAAGAGGAGUUUGACAACUAUAUGCAGCAAGAUGCCCAUGAGUUUUUAAAUUUUCUUAUAAACCAUAUUAGUGAAAUUAUCUUAGCUGAAAGACAACAGAACUCAACAACUAAUAAUGUGAAAUCAAAAGGUAAUGGAGAGAAUGGGACUACACAUAAUUCUCCUGAACCAACAUGGGUUCAUGAGAUUUUUCAGGGUAUAUUGACAAGUGAGACACGCUGCCUGAACUGUGAGAAUGUCAGCAGCAAGGAUGAAGACUUCUUUGACCUUCAAGUAGACAUUGAACAGAACACCAGCAUCACUCACUGCCUUCGUUGUUUCAGCAACACAGAGACACUAUGUAGUGACAACAAGUUCAAGUGUGACAACUGCAGCAGUUACCAGGAGGCUCAGAAAAGGAUGAGGGUCAAAAAAUUGCCUAUGAUAUUGGCAUUGCACCUGAAAAGGUUCAAGUACAUGGAACAGUAUAACAGGCACAUCAAAGUGUCCCACAGGGUUGUGUUUCCACUGGAACUUAGGCUUUUCAAUACGUAUAUCCUGUUUCAGUCUGAUGACGCUUUGAACCCAGACAGACUAUAUGACUUGGUGGCAGUGGUGAUCCAUUGCGGCAGCGGCCCCAAUAGGGGGCACUACAUCAGUAUAGUCAAGAGUCACGGGUUCUGGCUACUCUUCGACGAUGACCAAGUAGAUAAAAUAGACGCCUCGACGAUAGAAGACUUCUACGGCCUGACAGCCGACACUCAGAAAUCCUCUGAGACGGGCUACAUCCUCUUCUAUCAGAGCCGCGAGAGCCUGUGA